ACAAAUGGAGUGAAAGAGAGAGAGACAGAGAGACACAGAGAGAGAGCUGUUGAAUGGAGACGGUCCUUAGAGUUUAUAACGGGACCCAGUGUCCGGUGCAGGUCGUGCAGAUCGCGCGCAUUAGACACGCGUGAGAACCUGCGUCUCGACAACCUCAUGAGGCUCGUGAUCGGGGCUGUUUGUCGUCAGUGAAGCACGAGCGCAUUGGCUAUUGUUGCUGUUUUAAGACUUUAAUACCAGUGCAGUUCUCGGUGCAGGUUUGGAUCAUCUAUCGGAUCACGAGGAGUUCGUGGCGAGCUGCGAGACUUCAUCAUGCGCGCCACAUUUAUUAUCUGAGUUACUGCGCGCGGAGUUGGUGUGCCUACUCUUUGCUGCACGCGGAACUCUUCCGCGUUUCGUGCAAUAAAGACUUUUAAGGACUCUGGUGUGGAUGCACGCGCGCACGCAUGCAUGAUGCAUCCAGCAAACAGCAGCUGCAUCACCGAGAGCGGUGACGGGACGCGCGGGGAGCCCGAGUCAAAGGAUGGGGCGUCGGAGUCACUGGAGCACGCUUCCGGUAAGCGCGAGCCUCCUUCCGCGGUGGAACCGGGAUGCCAGCUCGGGCACGCGGAGGAGGAGCAGGUGCGCGGGAAUGACGCCGCGAGCCCAUCGCAGUUCGUGCCGCCAGAGGGAGGUUACGGCUGGCUCGUGGCGUUCGCCGCUACCUGGUGCAACGGCUCGAUCUUUGGCAUCCAGAACUCGUUCGGGAUUCUGCACGUGAUGCUCGCGCAGGAGUACGAGGACCCCGACGACCAGGCGUCCCAGUUUAAAGUAGCAUGGGUCGGUGCCUUGGCUAUGGGGAUGAUCUUCUUCUGCUCUCCUGUGGUCAGCAUGUUCACCGAUCACUUUGGCUGCAGGAAGACGGCAGUGGGCGGAGCCUUUGUUGCCUUCCUUGGACUCCUCAGCAGCUCAUUUGCCACGACACUGGGACUUCGUUAUUUCACUUAUGGCAUGCUGUUUGGCUGUGGCUCGUCUUUCGCCUUCCAGCCAUCACUGGUCAUUUUAGGGCACUAUUUUCGUCGCCGUCUAGGUCUGGCGAACGGUGUGGUGACGGCAGCAAGCAGCCUCUUCACCAUAGCACUACCCGUGCUACUCAAGAAGGUCGUAGGUCCUCUGGGCCUCUCCAGAACCUUCCAGAUCCUCAGCCUUUUCAUGCUGGUCCAGUCGUUCCUGGCGCUCUCCUUCCGGCCACUGAUUCCCUCAGCAGGAGCAGGGAUGGGCUCUGUGGAGCCUGCUGGAGAUCAGGGAUCUAUAGCAGGAACUCGUUGGAGGAGGGGUGUGAUGAAAGUGAGGAAGUAUUUCAACGCCCGUGUGUUCAGAGUGGCCACAUACCGAGUGUGGGCUUUUGGAGUGGCCACAGCUGUUCUGGGAUACAUGGUGCCCUACAUUCACCUGAUGAACUUUGUGAAGGAGGAGUUUGGGGAGACACAGAAGGAGUGGGUGCUGUUGGUGUGUAUUGGGGCAUCCUCCGGAGCAGGACGUCUGCUUUUUGGCAAAGUGGGAGACCUCAUUGCUGGAGUCAAGAAAAUAUACUUGCAGGUGGCCUCGUUCAUGACUCUGGGCCUAAUGUCCAUGAUGAUCCCGCAGUGUCGUGUAUUUGAGGGCCUGAUGGUGGUUUGCGUGUUCAUGGGACUGUGUGACGGUUGCUUCAUCACCAUAAUGGCCCCUAUUGCUUUUGAGUUGGUAGGGCCCAUGCGGGCCUCGCAAGCCAUUGGUUACCUGCUGGGCCUCAUGGCUAUUCCAAUGACAGCAGGUCCACCAAUCGCAGGCCUUCUUCAUGAUCACUUUGGGAAUUACCACGUGGCAUUUUACCUGGCUGGUGUUCCCCCUCUGGUCGGGGGCAUAGUCCUGUUCUUCGUGCCCUUGGUGUUCAGGCGUGUUCAUAGGAAACACAGCGACACAUGUGACCCGAGCACACACAGCAUGCUGAAGAGCUGCACCAACGGAGACGUGCUGCCCGGAUACACUGACACUGAAACACAAGAAGCGCCACGCUAAGGAAUUCACUUCACCAGAAGAGUGUGUGUGUGUGUGUGUGUGUGUGUGUGUGCGUGCGCGCGUGUGUGAUCUCCGUCCCCGGAUCAAAAUCAGCCCAAGCUCAUCACCUCAGUGCUUUCACUUAUAUAGAAAAGACCUGCGAGUCGAUACUUCACUCUCUUGGACUCGACAGUCCCCGGUCCCUCUGCUUGCUGUGGGAUUGUGACAGUCUCUUGUCAGAACUUGUCCCUGAUUGUUUCUCCGAAAGAAAAUCUGAACGAUGUGCUUCGUGCAGCCGAAGCCAGAAGGAACGCUGACUCACACAUAAGAACAGCGAGUACUGGUCAGUAGGAAAUGCAGUUGCCUUUGAAUUGGAGUAAAAGGAAAAAUCCUUUACAUUUUUAUCCAACGUAUCCACAUUGUGUGCUUUAGGUUUUUAACCAGUGUGUCCACAGUACAGUUUAACAGAAGAGGUUUUCCUUCUCUCUUUUUAUAUAUAUAUUUUAAGGAAUAAUGGUUUUUCCUACUCUGGCUUUUCUCUAAAUCUUUCUGGUUUUCAUGCAGACUUCCAUAACGUCUAAUGUGGGUUCUGCUCAAAGCCAUUGUUGUAAUCAGUGUUAUAAUUGAUGCACAGUUGUAGUGCAUUGUAGGUAUUCCUCACUUGUUAAUCAAAUGUUUAAAAAUAUCAACUUUUGUUUCUGAAACUUUUUUUAGUAGAAAUGCUAGCUAGAUGUGACAGCUAUUAUUAGGACCUUUUAUAAUACUACAAAAUCUCAAACCCAACACUUACAAAACAUUUACGAGCCUAGCCAACUUCACUAGUGUUAAAUAGAAACUUUAAAUAUGUAUAUAUAUGGGGUACACAUGAGUGACGGGUUUGGUUGACUUUUUGGCGAAUUCUUUGGUGAAUUUUCCAAAUGUAUGUUUUGCGUUUUUCUUUUCUUUACCUUUCUCUGAGGUUCACAGAAAAUGCAGAUAGGAACUAAGUAGAUAUUUAAGAAGAUAUUCAGACUACACUGUCUAUAUGAUUAUGUGUGGCAAAUAUCUCAAACCAAUCAUUUGGAAUUUCUGGUUUUCCAUUGCCAGAACUAGUUUGCCUUCACACUUGACAUGUUGCAUCAUGUGUUGCAUCAAGCAUCGCAUCAAGACCUCAUUCAGUUCUAUUUUAGCCAGCGUUUCAAUCCAGAGGUGCGUUAAAGUUGUGUCAAGCUCAAGCUUUUGCAUUGUGUGGCCAUUGUUUUACGCUUCCUUAGCAUCGUGAGGUCUGCUUCUUUUGUUUUUUUGAACACUUUAAAUAUAGUCCAUUGUAUUAGUGUCAUUUGUGGCAAAAAUAUUUAAGUAGCUAUGUACAGUGAGGGAAAAAAGUAUUUGAUCCCCUGCUGAUUUUGUACGUUUGCCCACUGACAAAGAAAUGAUCAGUCUAUAAUUUUAAUGGUAGAUUUAUUUGAACAGUGAGAGACAGAAUAACAACAAGAAAAUCCAGAAAAACGCAUGUCAAAAAUGUUAUAAAUUGAUUUGCAUUUUAAUGAGGAAAUAAGUAUUUGACCCCUUUGCAAAACAUGACUUAGUACUUGGUGGCAAAACCCUUGUUGGCAAUCACAGAGGUCAGACGUUUCUUGUAGUUGGCCACCAGGUUUGUACACAUCUCAGGAGGGAUUUUGUCCCACUCCUCUUUGCAGAUCUUCUCAAAGUCAUUCAGGUUUCGAGGCUGAUGUUUGGCAACUCGAACCUUCAGCUCCCUCCACAGAUUUUCUAUGGGAUUAAGGUCUGGAGACUGGCUAGGCCACUCCAGGACCUUAAUGUGCUUCUUCUUGAGCCACUCCUUUGUUGCCUUGGCCGUGGGUUUUGGGUCAUUGUCAUGCUGGAAUACCCAUCCACGACCCAUUUUCAAUGCCCUGGCUGAGGGAAGGAGGUUCUCACCCAAGAUUUGACAGUACAUGGCCCCGUCCAUCGUCCCUUUGAUGCGGUGAAGUUGUCCUGUCCCCUUAGCAGAAAAACACCCCCAAAGCAUAAUGUUUCCACCUCCAUGUUUGACAGUUGGGAAUGGUGUUCUUGGGGUCAUAGGCAGCUUUCCUCCUCCUCCAAACAUGGCGAGUUGAGCUGAUGACAAAGAGCUCCAUUUUGGUCUCAUCUGACCACAACACUUUCACCCAGUUGUCCUCUGAAUCAUUCAGAUGUUCAUUGGCAAACUUCAGACGGGCAUGUAUAUGUGCUUUCUUGAGCAGGGGGAUCUUGCGGGCGCUGCAGGAUUUCAGUCCUUCACGGCGUAGUGUGUUACCAAUUGUUUUCUUGGUGACUGUGGUCCCAGCUGCCUUGAGAUCAUUGACAAGAUCCUCCCGUGUAGUUCUGGGCUGAUUCCUCACUGUUCUCAUGAUCAUUGCAACUCCAUGAGGUGAGAUCUUGCAUGGAGCCCCAGGCCGAGGGAGAUCGACAGUUCUUUUGUGUUUCUUCCAUUUGCGAAUAAUUGCACCAACUGUUGUCACCUUCUCACCAAACUGCUUGGCAAUGGUCUUGUAGCCCAUUCCAGACUUGUGUAGGUCUACAAAUCUUGUCCCUGACAUCCUUGGAGAGCUCUUUGGUCUUGGCCAUAGUGGAGAGUUUGGAAUCUGAUUGAUUGAUUGCUUCUGUGGACAGGUGUCUUUUAUACAGGUAACAAAUUGAGAUUAGGAGCACUCCCUUUAAGAGUGUGCUCCUAAUCUCAGCUCGUUACCUGUAUAAAAGACACCUGGGAGCCAGAAAUCUUUCUGAUUGAGAGGGGGUCAAAUACUUAUUAAAAUGCAAGUAUUAAAAUACUUAUCCCUCAUUAAAAUGCAAAUCAAUUUAUAACAUUUUUGACAUGCGUUUUUCUGGAUUUUCUUGUUGUUAUUCUGUCUCUCACUGUUCAAAUAAAUCUACCAUUAAAAUUAUAGAAUGAUCAUUUCUUUGUCAGUGGGCAAACGUACAAAAUCAGCAGGGGAUCAAAUACUUUUUUCCCUCACUGUAUCUACAGCAGUGAUGUUUAGAGCAGAUUUCCUCAUUUUGUUAUUAUCUGAUAUUGUAUGAUCCUGUAUAGCAAUCAUACAAACUGAACGACAUCUGUACAGGAAUAUAAGUGUUUUUACUCAGCUGAGGUGUGGAUUGAGUGAGGUCCUGAUGAGCCGCUUACGCCGUGUGAGUUCGGAAUAAAACAAAUCCGAACCAUUGAGCUGCCAUAUGAAGGGAAUUUUCACCUGUCACUUGCUAGUGUGAACGCAGGAUUAGAAAGGUGUGAACUGUGUGAUUUUCUGCAGACCUCACAGUUUUAUUCUAUGCAGCAACAAAUCACAAAACAGUGCCAAUAUUUUACCUAUUUUUAGAGCCAGUUAAUCAACACUUGGUGCCAGUAUGCUAUGCUAUCAUGCUAUGCUAUCAUAGCCUGCUAACUUGCAUUCCUCAAGGCUGUCUACAUAGCCUGUAACAUUCAUAGGGAAAAUAUCAUUAUAUUCUCAUGAAGCAUGCUUUUUUUUUAAAAGAUUGAUUUUGUUAUUGGUUAUUUUAUUAGUAUUUAGUGACUUGUUUAUUUUCUUGCUUGCAGAAGUAUUGCAGAAGGAAUGUAGUUAGGAUUUCCUAAUGGAUAAAAAUAGAUACGUUAUGUUGUAGAUCUUCGGGGGGGGGGUUGUAGAAGAACAAUGAGUUUUGCAAAGACCAUCCAAGUGUGUGUGUAUGUGUGUGUGUGUGUGUGUGCGUGUGAGAGAGAGAGAGAGAGCUGAUGAAUUAUGUAGUUAUUUUAUUUUUCUGAACAGUUUAUCAGUAAUUAUAAUAUUUCAGUAAUUAUUUUUGGUGCCUUCAUAUAUUUUGGCUUUCAUGUCAUUUCGGCCAGUCACACUGCGAUUGGCUCAUCUAAUUGGCUUAUUGGCUAAUCUUUCUUCCUAUGGGUCUCCAGGUUAGACACUGCUACGGAGACACAUUUCCUCUGGCAGAUAAGAGGCAUUUUCAUUGGCCAGUGCAAACAGGAGCAGUUAAUAUAAUUGGUUGUUUCUCUCAUACCCUUUACCUUAUUGGUUGCUGGUCGCUGUGUUGUCACUAUGGAGACACUACCGGGCCUUAGUUUGGUUUGUUUGUAGGAUUCAAAACAAACAUAAUCAAACCCAAUAAUGCCUCACUAGCUUUAUCUUCAGGUUUAACUAGAAAACUGCUGUUGAUCACUCACAGACCCACAUACAUCUGGAAAUUUUGAAAUAUGAUCUGGUGAAAGUUUAAAGUAGGAAUGCACCAACCAUAGGUUAUUAUACAGAUACUGUAUACAUUAACUAAAAGGUCAGUCCUGUGUUCCAAAAGCAUUAUGUACCCAGGGCUCCACUGUUGCUAACAAAAGACACUCACAGCAUUAGUAGAAAGUUAUUAGCAAAGUAUCAUGUUAAGGAAACUUAGAACUUAAAUAAAUAGAGAUAAAUAGGGACACUGUAAUUCCCUGCAAUCUCUAUGUUUAAAUCACAGGCAGUAUGUAACUGUCUUUUUAAGACUGUUUGUGUUGGGUCAUUGCUAUGGAUUAGUUAUUGGAGCAAAAUUUUAUAUCAUUACAGUGUUUAGUCCAAUAUCAGCUAAUAGAAAUACUCAUCCUUAGUACAGCCCUAUAUUAAAGACGUCCAAUGCGAACUACUGUUACACUACACUGUUAUAUUUUUAAAAAUUAUUAAGCACGAUUAGAAACCAGGCAUGUGCUGAUAAUAUGUAAGUGUUUUAUUCGUCUUACACCACAACAAUUUGCCAAUACUAACAAUUGGUUUUUUGGGUGUUUUUUUUUUUUUUUCUUUUAAAUAAGAGUGUCUAUUAGAGGCCUUAGCAUUCAGGCAGGCUUCAAAUAUCCCUGAUGUGUGAGACAAUGAGGGAAAACUGCACCAUCAACUCCCCCACAGUUCUACGUGGACGUUAGAUUAAAGGGGAGAGCGAGGCAUCGUUCAGUUGUGAGGUUUUUUUUUUUUUUUUGGCUGUGCAGAUGGAUUUUGUACAAUCCUUUACAACAGAACUAGCCUCAGCUGGUUAGAGUGCAGCUACAGGUAGCGAAGACUUUUGGAUUUGCAAGGAUUACACCUAAAAUUAUCUUAGAGGAAUAUUACUUCAGCCCAUACGAUGGCAGACGGACAGAGACAAUUGUUUAUUUUUUAAAAGAAAAGUGCGACUUACAUCUUCUUCAUUUAUAGUUACAUUUUGCAUGUUGUGUAAGGUCAGUGAAACAAGUUGACAGAUACUAGCGAUAAACAGCCAUCUCAUUACCAGACUCCCUUUUUUUUAAAACUUAUGCAUCUUCUCAUAUUAGAGAGAAAGUGCAGAGCCUUCUGUCUUAAAGACUUGUUGGAAAAGUUACAGCUUUACCUCGGACUGUUACAAAAGCGCUUACACUGGAGACUCCUUCCAAACUGCUAAAUAAGCUCCUCCUUACAGAAAACUUCACCUUAUCAACAGUUACAUGUUUUAAAAUCCAUUUAUGUGAAGCGUCUAUCAUACAAGUCCAUUUUGCAAAUUGUUACAAUAGAAACAAUGUUUUAGACGUAUUAACACAUUUGUAUAAAGCUUAGAUUUUUAGAUUAGAAGUCAGCAUUACAUGCGUCCCUCUGAGCAGACUACGUCGGCUUAAAUUGUGUCUCUGGGCCUUAAAGGGAACGCGACAAUAGCGCUGAUUAAAAUGCUGCCCAAUGAGAACAGGUACAAGUAAACGUGCAGUCGUUUUUUUAACCGCAAAAUUGUGAUAUCGGAAACAAUAUUGGAAAACAGUUACAAUUUAUAUUGUGAUCAUUUUAUAUCGGCCAUGCCUGGUAGGAACAAGCCACACGUACCUCAAAAAUCUACCUGUUAAUGAUGCACACGGUUAAUUUUACAACUGUAAUUAAUUGCAGCGUGAGCCUCAGUGCUAAUGCUCUUCAAUUCAAGCAUCUCUCUUUCUUUCUUUCUCUUUCUCUCUGUCUCUCUCUCAUCUUUUUUGUAUUGCUCUCAGAGCUAAUUAAUGGACAGCCCUUGGUUUUUUGUUUUUUAAACCACUAACUGCCUUUUCAGAGUCAGAGCCUUUUGUAGUGCUGGUUUUGUGUGUGUGUGUGUGUGUGUGUGUGUGUGUGUGUGUGUGUGUGUGUGUGUGUGUCCCACUUUGUAGUAUCUCCAGACCUCAGGGAUUUCAUGUCCAAACCUCAUCACAUUAGUUGUGAGACUUUUCUCCUGCAUGUGUUAUGGUACAGCAGAUGUGUAAAGACAAAGCUAAAUGGAAAAAAUGUAAUGUCCAAAAAUGUCCCUAAUCAUUCCCUCAGUUUCCCUAGCGCAAAUGUAGUCAAUCAAUCAAGACGUGGUCGGUGUCUGGCAUUUUUUUUCUUAGUUUCGCUCCGGAGGUAUUCCUUUAACCAAGAGAUCUGCAAGAUGUAAUAAAAUAACGAAGGUAAACAUUUCUCUUUUUAUGAAAAUAGGGAAAGGACAAAUCAGACUUUUAAAAUACUUUUAAACAUACAGAUUUUUAAAUACUUCUGCCAUAGAAUUGGUUCAGCAUUUUACCAUUUUUGCAUUUUAUAUGUAGAGUCUAUUUAAAUGUGUGGUGGUCUGGCAAAAACCCUUCAGAUGCCAAUGUGGAUGACAUAAUAUAGAAAGUGGGUUUGUGAAUAAAAUCGGGUUUUUCUAUGCAUCACUUUGGGGCCUCAAUUUUGACAAAUCCUAAAUAUAUUAAGAUUUAAUCAAAUUUAGAAAACUUUUUAUUAACUUUCUAAACUUGCCUAGCAAAGAUAACAUUAGGUAGACAAGGAGUUAGAUGAACAAACACAACUAUAAAAUGGUUCUAGGCUAUGAAUUAAGGCAGGUAUAAUAGACAUAAUUAUUGUGAUUUAUUGUCAUUGAUCUAUGAUUUAUUAUUGUUAUAUCUUAAUGACUGCAUAUUAAAUUAAAUGCUAGACAAUCAGUGUGCUGAUGUUUUUCACUGGACUCAAUGAAAUCUGUAAAUGCUGGUUUGCGUACUUUUUUUACAUUUACAUUUAUUCAUUUAGCAGACGCUUUUAUCCAAAGCGACUUACAAAUGAGAAAAUACAAGCAAAAUUUUCUCUCUGCUUUUGGAGACAACCUUUAAAACUAGAAAUACUAGAGAAACAUAUUUCAGUUCAGGAAUCCCUGUACUAUUUCAGAACUAUACAUAGUAGAAAAUAUCUACAUUUUGCCAUGUGAAGGGUUUUCCCAGGCCACACAGUUCAACUUUGUAAAUUUAACAUAACUUUUAACUUUCUAUUUUUGUGAUUGUAGUUUGGUGUUUGUGAUUAUUCAAAAUACGUUAAUACAGUAUUGCUAUCAUGGAUGCUUUUAAGUGUACCAAGCACCUUACCAUUUACGUUUUAGGUAGUGUCUGUUUAUCUCAAGAUUACAUUGGACAUUUAUCUUACUUUGGACUAACAUAGGACAUUCAUUCUGUUGACCUGAUGCCACUUCCAUGAAAAUUUGAACAGUUUUGUGGACAGAAUACUUACUCUUUUUUCCAGUGUUUUUAAACAGUUAUGAUCUGACUAUUUUAAAUACGUUGUGUAAUCUUAAUUCGCAUCCUUUGUUCAGUAUUCUCCUGGCUUUGUUAAAAAAAAUUGUACAUCAUAAGAAUCUAAUGUUACCUCAGUUACCUCAUGUUUCUGCAUUUUUGCCUUCCUGCUUCUGACCAAUCAGUUCCAAGCUUUACAAAUAUGCAGAUUUCUUCUAAUCUUCUUCUAGUGGCCGAGUACUAAAAUUGCUGAGCUUUUUUAUUUUGUAAAGUAAAACAAAGCAUGCUGCAUUGUAACUCUUUGUAAAUAGCUCAUAAAAGCUGAGUAUUGAUUCGCCAGUAAAGUUGAGCACAAAUUUUCUGCCUGCUUUAAAAAGGCCCAGAUAUUGAAUGAUUGAAUGAUUUACAUUUACACUGAUUCAGUUAACCUCAUAGUAGCAUUGUACUGUUUUUUUGUUGUUGUUGUUGUUGUUGUUGUUGUUGUUGGGGUUUUUUUUUUAAAGUGCAGUGCACAUGUAUAUAAAUGAUCAUUUUUUUUCUUGUAAUUUUGUGUGUUUAUAUAUUAUUUGGUGAGACUUUACAUUAUAGUUCAGUUCCAUUGACUGCAUUAUUUAACAAACCCUGAACUUCAGCAAUAAUACAGCACAAGUAUUAUUAACAAAGUAGGUAAACAUGUGUAUUAAUUUGUUUGUUUACUUUAAACAGACUUUUGUUUAAAAAAAAAUCACUGGAAUUAUGCAUUGAUUUUUCCUGUUGCUUGGCAUACAUUUGUGGGGAAAAAGCCAUCUUAACAAACAUUGUGAUAAAAUUUAGUUUUUGAUACAAAUUCUUUCUGCUUGCUUUUAUUAUUAUUUUUCAACAGUGUUGGCAGCUCUGUAUUAAGAUGUUGGUUUAUGUCUGUAUUUGUUACCUUAAUUUUAUUUACUGAUGGCGUGAACAUUGGUUAAUGUAGGUGUUGAUUAGUUGACUUAUUUGGUUUUUGCUUUGAUAAUGUUAUUGAAGGUGUAUUAAUGCUGACGUUCAGGGUUUGGUUCAUGUCAGUUAAGGAAAUCUUAAUAUAAAGCAUCAUCAUGUAUUUUAAUCACUUUGCAAUCAUUAUGCAAUAUAGCUACAACACAAUGACUUUGCUUCUUUAAUGAAAAUGAAAUAAUGAUCACACUUUUCAUAGCACUUAGCUGGGGUAGGAUAAUAAAUCACUGUCAUGCUGUAUCGUGUUGAUCAUGGAAAUACCUAUGGGUGUGUCCUUGAGCCUGUAUGGAAAUGAGAGUGAAAUAUCUUUGAAUUCAUAAAUGGGCUUAAGGACACUCCCAACUGUUUCACUCAAAGAUGCACCCAUCAUACUGGGAAUUUAUUGCAUUGUUCCACCCUGGCACCUGAGUUUAUAGAUGUUUCUGUUUAACCUUUAAACUUUUAUAGGAAGUAUUAUUUUGGCACCUUGUGCUUCUGCUUUGUGUUUAGGGCAACAUUUUAUAUGAACUGUCAUGGAGUUUUCCCUGUAUAAAUAAACUUUAUAUAUACAUGCAACAAAUCUAUGGAUAUAUUAAAACCCUUAUGUCUGGAGAUACAACUUCAGAAGCCUAUUAAUGAACAAGAAAAAAUAUUGUAAACAUAUAACACAAAAUUUCUGAUAAUUGUUUAAGCACCAGGGAGACUCAAAUAAAUCUACACAAGUUAUUUACAGCUGUGUACUGCUUUCAUUAAAAUGUUGUCUUGUUUAACUUUCGAUGUUUAAUAUCACCUUAAUUAUUUUUACUUAUUUUUUCUUUUAUGUGUAAACAACAGUGAGUUAAAAGGACUAAAGUUAUGCUGCUAGCUUUAUAAAUGUAAUUUAGUUUUCAUGUGAAUAAUAGUUUUCAUCUGUAGUGGACCUAAUUGUUUUUUUGUUUUUGUUUUUAAAUUUGAUAUUAAACAUGCAAUAAACUCCACAGGACUGU